AUGGCUCUUCAAGCUCUUCUCAUCCUCAUUGUUGUCUCCGUUAGUCCUUUUGUCAUUAUCGAAUCAACAAAACUUUCUCUUGACUACUAUCGUGAAACAUGUCCAGACUUCGCAAAAAUCAUACAUGACAACAUUGAAUCAAAACAGUUUUUACAUCCCGCUAUUGCACCAGGCACUCUCCGUCUCUUCUUCCAUGAUUGCAUGGUGGAGGGUUGUGAUGCCUCCGUACUAAUCUCUUCAAAUGAAGCCAAGACCACUGAACGUGAUGCUGAUGCUAACCAUUCCCUCUCAGAUGACGCCUUUGAUGUUGUUGUUAGUGCCAAGGCUACUCUUGAGCAAUCUUGCCCCGGCAUUGUCUCUUGUGCUGACAUCCUCGCUCAGACAACUCGGGACCUUGUCACCAAGAUUGGUGGCCCCUUUUAUAAGGUUCUACUUGGACGUAAGGAUGGCCUAUUGUCCGAAGCUACUAAUGUAGAAGGAAACAUUCCAAGGCCCAAUCAAACCAUGGACCAGCUCAUUAGGAUCUUCGAAAGUAGAGGUCUUACAAUCUAUGAUAUGGUGGCAUUAAAUGGUGCCCACACCAUCGGAUUCUCGCAUUGCAAAGAAUUCUCCGAUCGAUUGUUUCAUUUCAACAAAACCAACCCAACUGAUCCAGAUCUCAACCCCUUGUUUGCAACGACAUUGAAGAUUACAUGCGAAAACAUCAUAGACCUAGGCAUUUCAGUCGUCAAUGAUUUGAGAUCACCAUUAUCAUUUGACAAUAUGUACUACAAAAACUUGAAUAAAGGUUUUGGACUUUUAAGGUCAGAUAAUGCUCUAGUGAAGGAUCCAAGAACAAAACCAAUCGCCGAAUCAUUUGCAGCCGAUCAAAAGGUAUUCUUCCGUGCAUUUUCUCAGGCAAUGGAAAAAUUAAGUGUUUAUAAUGUCAAGACGGGCCAAGAGGGAGAGGUCAGAUUAGUGUGCGAUGCUUUUAACUAA